AGGAGACGGUAGGCUGGCCGUGUUCGGUUUCACCCGCUCACACGUGACCGCAAUGGCUGCUUCUCUGUUGCGUGCAGCGCAUCAUUCCUCUGCCGCCCCGUGGCUACAGACUACAUCAGUUCCCUCGCUUCGCUAAACUGUCGGCGGAGCGACUCGCCACCCGCCCAAGCCAAAUUCACUCACGCCUUCUCUCGGUUUACCGGCUGCGGCGAACGAUAUUUACGAGAGAAAUUAAACCAUCUGCGGGGGUUGAACUUCUACCGAUCAACACAACAGUGGGAGGAGUCAACAGAAGUCAAGUGUGCAAGUGUUUGUUCUUGGUAAACUGCUGUUUCACUGACUGUUAAAGAAGGUUUAAGACAAAGAAAUCCAAGCAGCAGGUCAAAGAGUUUGCUGCGUUGGACUGACUCACUCCGACAGGCUUGACUCAAGAGCAUUUUGGGACCUCUGAAGCACCACUUCUCAUUUCCUCUUAUAUGGCAUUGUCCUAAAACCUGGGGGAUCUGAGUUGUCUCCACCCUCUUGUGAAGAGUCAAGUGUGACUUGUACAUAACAGGCUCUCCAACCCUCCUGUUCUUUAUCUGUUCAGCCCAGGUCUAAUAGAUCUAUCCAGCUGCAAUUUCAGACCUCAGUGGAGAAAAUAUAGACAAACAGUGCUGGAAUUUACUGUAGCACUUUUGGAUUGCAUCCAGAAAGUUACAUAACACCAAAGCAGAGACUCGUACACCUGUGAGCUGUCGGCCUGGACCAAUGGCGUCAUAACUACUCACCCACACCCCAGACUGCAAAUUAUUAACCAAUUCGUCUUCCUCAAACACAGACACACACACACCCACAGGGACAACCACAUACAAAAAUCUCCCAGCUGGAAUACCAAAGCGGCUUAUGAUGGGAAAGUAAAAUCGGCUGUCACGGAUAGCCAGCACAGAUAUCUGGGACUCAGUUUUGUUUCUGAGCGUGCCAUGUCUGGAAACGGCAACCCCUGCUCGAGCCCUGGAGGAUUGGGCACCCCUCUAGGGGGCUUUCCCAUGCCCCACUACCCUUACUUCUUUUCUCAUGUGCUAGGUGGGCUUUCCCCUCCAGCCCUCCCAGGACUUUCUGUCAGUGGAUACAGCACUCCAUCUCCUGCGACUGUGGAUACGCAGAGCACAAGCUCAGAGGAGAUAGUACCCAGCCCUCCAUCGCCACCGCCUCCUCCACGGGUCUAUAAGCCUUGCUUCGUCUGCCAGGACAAGUCCUCUGGCUACCACUAUGGAGUUAGCGCAUGCGAAGGCUGCAAGGGCUUCUUCCGGAGGAGCAUCCAGAAAAAUAUGGUGUACACCUGUCAUCGAGAGAAGAGCUGUAUCAUCAACAAGGUCACCAGAAACCGCUGCCAGUACUGCAGACUGCAGAAGUGCCUGGAAGUGGGCAUGUCUAAAGAAUCCGUUCGAAAUGAUCGGAACAAAAGGAAGAAGGAUGAGAAGAAGCAAGAGUGUUCAGAGAGUUACGUGUUGAGUCCAGACACGGAGCAGAUGAUUGAGCGUGUGAGGAAAGCUCAUCAGGAGACCUUUCCUUCACUCUGCCAGCUGGGAAAAUAUACCACGAACAACAGUGCUGAACAACGGGUCUCUCUGGACGUCGAUCUCUGGGACAAGUUCAGUGAACUUUCAACCAAAUGCAUUAUUAAAACGGUGGAGUUUGCCAAGCAGCUGCCCGGCUUCACCACGCUUACGAUCGCAGAUCAGAUCACGCUGUUAAAGGCCGCCUGCCUUGACAUCCUGAUUCUGCGGAUAUGUACGCGCUAUACACCCGAUCAAGACACCAUGACGUUUUCUGAUGGGUUGACACUGAACCGCACGCAGAUGCACAACGCCGGCUUUGGUCCACUUACAGAUCUUGUUUUCGCUUUCGCCAACCAGCUCCUGCCUUUGGAGAUGGAUGAUGCAGAGACGGGGCUUCUCAGCGCCAUCUGCCUGCUUUGUGGAGAUCGGCAGGAUCUGGAACAGUCAGAUAAGGUGGAUAUUCUUCAGGAACCUCUACUGGAGGCACUAAAGAUCUACGUAAGAAAGAGGAGACCUCAUAAACCCCACAUGUUCCCCAAGAUGCUAAUGAAAAUCACAGACCUGAGAAGCAUCAGCGCUAAAGGAGCUGAACGAGUAAUAACGCUGAAAAUGGAGAUCCCCGGCUCCAUGCCUCCCCUCAUUCAGGAGAUGCUGGAGAACUCCGAAGGAAUCGAGGGAGGUGGUGGAGCACGAAGCGGAGGAGGAGCGCCGCCAGGAAGCUGCAGCCCAAGUUUAUCUCCCAGUUCGGGGCACAGCAGCCCGUCGGCCCAUUCCCCUUGACUUUAAUCUCCGGACAAGGCUCCACGCGGAAAGAAACUGGUUAGAAACCAGAAACAAGCCACGGUCGACCAGCAUUCCGGUAGACUUUGAUCCGGGGUGUCCCAACCCCGAACCGAACAGUAAAUCUGGCCGGCUUUCAUUAAGUGAAGACCAAUGGAGUUACACGCAGGCCGAGCCUGAUCCAAACUCACCCAGUCAUUAAAAACACCAGUGAUUCAGUGAAUACACGAGCCCUGAGGGAGGAAGUGGCAGCCCUGUGUGUGUGCGCAGAAGCAUCUCCUUGUGUCUUCCUGAAAACUGUGAAGGCCACUUUUGCUUGUGUAUCUUGGCCUGUGACGCUAUUUUAUAAAUUUCUCUUAAGCGAGCUGAGGACACGGAACGUCGGCUAUCCUAAAGUCAGGGACGUUUUUGAACUUUCCAACCGUUUUGGUUCAGUUUCUUUGUUUUCUUACAAAAGAUAUAUGAAUAUAUGAAAAUCUAUAUUGACAGAAAUAUUGACAUUUUGUCUUAGAUGGAAUGCAGAACAAUUCUUAUGAUCUUUCUCACUUUUCUCAAGAGUUGAAUACAGUUAAGUCAACCCCACUGUUACGCUCACUCAAAAACGAGUGUCGUCGUUGUCGUUCGGGAAAUAUUUGUAUCGAGACGAAAACAGGUAAUCCUGUUCACUUCAUGCACAAGGGCACGUUCACACCGAUAAAGACGAAAGGAAGUUCAAGCAGUUGUGUCCUGUGAGAAUGUGAAACGAAUGAUUUGGAGAUAUAUUCACCGACUUCGUCAGAAUGAUAUCACGGCAGUUUUGCAAAUGAAGGAUCUCACGUAUACGAGAGCGACCGACUCUUGUGAUGUAUUGUGUAUGAGAUCUUUGCUUUCCUGUAGCUUUUUAAUAUCGUUUAAUUCAUUUUUGUAUCCGUCGAGAGAUCCCCACAGUAUUAGCAGAUCAUAAAGGAACGAGUUAAUUCCAGGAAAAGAAUAUAAAGUUUAUUUUAGCUCGAUUUUUUUAGGCCACUACAAAAUCAUUUCAAAUGUGUGACACACACCUUUCACACAGGACGUUGUGCAGUUUCAUGUUCGACUCGAUCUCGAAGCCCAGCCAGUGGUAGAUUAAUGCGUUUCUAAUGACGUCCACCACAUCUGAGCUGUUGCAAACAUUCUGAGAAACUUCCACCCCUUCCCCUACACACCUUACAACAUCACUGCCUCUGCUCUCCCGCAGCAAACAUUUAACCGUUGUCAACAACAACACUGCCUCCGUUCGACAAUCACUUUUAGCUCACAAACAGCCCUGCCUCUGGAACGCACUGAUCUCUGCCAGACGUCUGGAUCGGCACGCUCGAUGUCCGCAUGUACACCUCCAUCAAAUGUAACUAGUUUGAUCUGAAUUGAUAUUUUAUUUCAGCUAAUGUAUGUUUUGCAACGAUCAGUUUUUUACAAAUCACUCCAAGAGUACUUUUGAGUUCCUCAGUGCUUAUUGUGAAAUUAUUAUUGUGAAAAAAUCUGAUAAGAUGAACCAAUAAAAUCAAUACAAUACGUUCUGUGUUUUAGUUCCCAGUGUUCACUUUUGUUUGCUCCCGAUCCGAUUCUGGCAGAUCAGUGCGAGCAUAUCAUUUUUAUCGUACCAGUUUACAACAGCUCUGCCUCUACAUCACAUCUGCUGCAUCAGUCGCCAUGAACCUUUGUGCACACAACUUCCUCUUUGACACAGUUUAAGCAAGGGCCGUGUAAACUUGUGUAAAGUGUUUUAUUGCAACUAUGCACUAUGAUUUUGGUAAUCUACCCGUUUAAAAAAUCACAGCCUCUUCCAGAUGAUUUUUAUUGUGUAUGUGGGCAAAUGCAUUUAGUCAGUGCCCGAAGGUUCAUUGCGACUGAGCCGUGUGUCACAACAGGCCUCUGUUUUCAAUCAAAGGAUGACAAACGUCUUGCAGAGAUCUACACAACGUACAGCACAAACUCUGUACUGCUUUAACAGGUGUUAUACAGUCAAACGCACAAAAAAAUGUUUCUGUUGUGUCAGGUCCUUGGAUGAUAAGAUUCAUGUUUAAUAAAGAGUUCUGUUGUGUGUGUUUCA